AUGUCCGCCCUACCAUGCAUUCGAUCUGCGCGUGGCUCCCCACUCCUCCGCCUUGGAGGUCUACAAUCGCACCAUGUCAACCGACCCUCCAUACAGCUGCAUCCCAUCUCUCGCUCUUUGCACAGCCUGUCAAGCUCUAGCAAACUACGAACUAUCCCAAUCUCAUCCCAAUUACGAUUGUCUCUCCGAGCAUCGCUCCCUAAGCCCACAGCGAGGGCCUACGCCGACCGAAAAGGAUCCACAGGCAAAGCCGAAGCCGAUCUCCUGGUCGAGGAAUUACAAGAACUGUACGAAGUCGCCAAAGACGAGUUCGAAAUUGCCACUGAGAGCACCGACUCAUCUACCAUCUACGCUGCUUCGGACCGCGAGUCUGCCCGUGAUGCUCUCAACCAACUGUCCGCUGUGUACGGCCUCUACACUGCUCGUCCCGGGGAAGUUGAAAAUGAGACGGAUGAGUCGCUGUCUGAGGCAGAGGAGUCCGGGGAGAGUGCUAUUGUCGAGACUCAAUACAAUCCGGCGGAGGUCCCGCAGAGUGUUAAGGAGGAGGUGCGUCGGCGGGUUGGGCAUCGGAUUCGGGAGUUGAAGAAUGCUGUUGAGGCGCUCGAGGAGAGGGCUACGGCAGAUUGA